AUGGACCACAUCCAGGACCUUGUCAGGCUGAUGAGUAUCAUACUGCCACAAGUACUCAAUGGAAACCUAUCUGUCAUGGAAGGUCUUUCUGGUAAUUUUGGCCUUACAGCCAUCUUUGAUAGAUUCCGUACAGACUCUUUUGGCUUUGGGCUUGUCUUCAGCCUUUUCCUUAUGUUUUCUUGGCAAGCCAUGAUGAUAGCAUGCCAAGUACAAAGUCCGUACAGCCGCUUUUGGGCUACUAGUGCUGUAGGAAGCCUUGAACACGUGCGUGUUAAUAAAAUUCCAGUUAGAGUGUCUCAUGGCAGCGGUUUCGAACUAAUGGGCAAAAGCAGCUUUAUUUUUAAAGGUUUCCGAAGCCUUGGGAUUCUCAUGCUCAUAUUUUGGAGCAAAGCGAAUCACAUUCUCAUUGUCACUGUCGUUGUUGAUGAAGUUAGUGUUGUUUAA